CAAGAGCGAACGUACAGCAAUAGCAGACCCGAACAGCGUGCAAGGACCGGGUCGAGGUCGGUCAAUAAACAAAAUCCGUCGCCUGACAGAAUCGGUCCCGAAAAACGCUUUAAUUUAUGAUUCUUGUCAUUUAAUGCUGUAGUCGAACAAGUGACGCAGUUGAGGUCAUGGCUGUGGAAAUCUUCGACGAGGACCACCUGGCCAUCAGUGCCAUCGUGACGGUGGCAAUGCAGUUUGUGUUCUUUGUAAUCGCGGCGGCCUUUGAAUUCGACAAAGUAACCGACUUAGCUGGAGGUGCGAACUUCAUCAUUCUGGCAGCCUUAACUUAUUACCUGGGACAGGUAUACCAAAUUCUGUUUAACUUUGCCAACAUUGUCUAUUAUGCUGUAAAAUUGCAGACCCACGAUAGCAGGCAAACAAUGGUCACGACACUGAUUUGCAUUUGGGGCUUUCGCUUGUCAGCCUACUUGUUCUAUCGAAUAUUAAAAAUUGGUCGUGAUGCUCGAUUUGACGAAAAGAGGAACAAUGUGAUCCGAUUCGCUAUCUUUUGGACAUUCCAGGCCCUGUGGGUGUUUACAGUCAGUCUUCCAGUUAUGAUUAUAAACUCGCCAAGGAAUAAAAUUCCACUGACACCUAAGACCAUGUCGCAUUUGGAUUCCGCAGGUCUCACGAUGUUCAUAAUAGGUUUCAUUUGUGAGACCUUUGCCGACCUGCAGAAAUUCCAGUUUAGACAAGAUCCCAACAAUCGAGGAAAAUGGUGCAAUGACGGUCUCUGGCAGCUCUCUCGACACCCAAAUUACUUUGGAGAAAUAUUACUCUGGUGGGGAAUAUUCUUUAUUUCAUUGAACGUCAUAAAAGGUUGGGAGUGGGUGGCGAUUUUAUCUCCAAUAUUCACAACCCUGAUUAUUCUUUUUCUCUCCGGGUUACCUCCACUGGAACUCUCCUCUGAUGAGCGGUUUAGAGACAACCCUGAAUACAGAUUGUACAAAAAGUCAACAUCGCCCCUCAUCCCGAUUCCACCUGGAAUUUAUGUAGAAAUUCCCUACUUUUUGAAGUUUCUCCUUUUCUUCGAAUAUCCUCUCUACAACCACUUGAAGAAGAAAUCAUCACCGUCUCCAACUCCAGUUCCCACUUAAUUUCAAUUAGAAGAUUUUGACGACUGUGAAAUGUGAUGGCUUUGUCAUUGUUUGGUUGCAGAGCUAUUGCACGUAGAAAAAAAGCACAAAAAAUUAUUGUUUCGACGUUGUGAUUACUUAAUAUUAUUUUAUGCACCUUAUUUUAAAUCAAUGAAUGAUCCCUGAAUAUUGAGCAGCAUGUUCCUUGAAAUUUUAAGUGUGCGAUAUUCCCGUGCUCAUCAUAGUUUUCAAUAAUCUGUAGAGGAGAUUUAAGUUUGACGGAUCAGACGGGUGAAAUUGUGUGGCAAGCAAUAUUUCAAAAUACGGAUCAACUUCUUUCCUUCUUUACAAUUUAAAAUAAUGCUUAAGGUGUGUCAAUAUUAACAAAUAUUCAAUGAUAUUAAGAAUAUAAUGAUGAAUUUUAAGGCAAGAUCUCUUUACACUAUUUAAAAUUGUAGUUGAGUAAAUUGUGUAAUUUACACUGUCUUAACUUAAAUUGUUAAAAACUGUUGUUGACCUGCACUGGAACUUUAGAAUUUAUCAGCACAAUAAAUAAUUAUAAAAUAGAAACCAAAAA